AUGGACGCCGGCCCGGAAGCUUGGGAGGAGAUCGGAAGUUGCAACUUCUUGCAGCUGUCCCUGAAGUCGGAGCUGCAGGGCUUAGAUGGGGGCUUAGAUGGGGGCCCUCGCUUCUGGAUCGCGGUUGCCUCGCAAGCCCUGACUCUCUGCUGCUUCGCUCUCUUCCUGCUGCUUGCGCCGAUUCCACAGAGCCCGGGACGACAGAAGGAGGGGCUGCCGUUACACGUGCUGGUCCUGUUGGGCUUGACGACCGGCUUGGACUUCUUCUGCACAGACCAGUACCAGCCAAGCAUGCCAAAGAUCUCAAGGCAGUUCGGUGUGGAUCCUGAAGCCGUCGGUUCCACCAUCCAGGUGCAUCUGAUAAGCUCCGCCCUGGCGACGCUCUGUGCAGGGCAUUGGAUUCGACAACGCGGCACGCGACAAAUGAUACUUUGGUGUCAGCUCUUCCUGGCUGCCGGUGCGCUCGGCUGUGCUUUUGCACCUUCCUUCGGCUGGUUUGUGGUUGGACGCGUCCUGCAGGGCAUCUCCGCAUCUUCCAGUGUCGCGGUGUCUGCCAUGCUGACUGCAUCCUACAGUGAUCGGGAGGAGCUGAGACGAGCUUCGAACAAAGUGGCAUGCGUCGCGCUGCUUGCGCACAUUGCAGGGCCUGCGACAGGUGGGCUUAUUGCCUGGGCCUUCGGCAGCUACGGCUGGCAAGUUUCAUUUCUUGCCGUCUUUGGCCUCGCUGCCCUGAACAUCCUGGCAAGCUACCUCCUCCUGCCCGAUGCCAGAGUGGACGAGGAGCCGGCAAAAGCUACGCCGAAGCCGCAAAGAGAUGGUGUGCUGAGACGACAGCUAUUGGUGCUUUUGGGGCUCAGCCUCUUGAGGGGGAGUUCCUAUGUCUUAAUGUCCGUGAACGGGUUCAUCUUCGAGAGCUCCUUCCUGCUAGGCAUCCGCCCAGCUGCUGUGAUGAUGUCCAUCUUGGUGGCCUCGAGAGCCUUCGGCAUGUUGGCCUCCACGACCCUGGGCUUCUCCCCGGUGGAGGCCUUGAACCUCUUCUCACCGCUCCUGCUGCUCGCGGCCGGCUAUGCCGCCGUGGUGGGCGCUUUCAUGAUUAGCGACAACCCCUUGACCUACAUGUCCGGCCUCGCCUUACAUCAGUUCCUAGCCCAUGGGCCGACAUGGGCGGUCCUGGCAGAAGCCCAAAAGGAUCCUGAGCUUGAUGAUGCAGGCCUCCCGCCGCACAUCUAUGCUGGGAUCAUGAAUGUCAGCGCCUGCAUGCUCUCCUUGUUUGGGCUUUCCGCCAUUAGCGGCGGCCCCUCGGCGGUCCUCUACGUCGUUGCCAUCAUGUCUGCGACGUCCCAGGCGUGCAUCCGUGCGGGAAGUCUAUGGGCUGCUGCAAAGCAGCUCUUCCGCGCGCAACAAGCUUUGGAAAGCACCUCGGACUCGGACCCAGCGCCGAAGCCUCCUCCGGAUGAUUGA